CAUUUUUACUGGCCAAUAGCAGUGAAGACUACUCUCCUUACGUCUUUGCGUUGCACUAAUCGAACGUGAACGCGUAACAAACCGGACAGAAGUACAAGGAAGUAGACGAAGGAGCGCUCUGUCUGCUGGUGUCAGCGAGGCAGUGUAAAGUUGACGGAUCUGUCGUUGUGGUCAGCUAGUAAGGAGAUUGUUCCUCUCACAAUGGAAAGCACACAAAUGGACAAAAAUGUGUUUUUAAUAACGGGAGGUUGCGGGUAUUUUGGAUUCCGCCUUGCGUGUGCUCUGCAUAAAAGAGGAGCCGGCAUCGUUCUGUUCGACACCGUUCCUCCGAGCCAAGACCUUCCUGAAGACAUGGUGUUUGUGCAAGGGGACGUGCGUGAAUACGCACAGGUUGAGAAGGCCGUGUCCGGUGUGGACUGCGUGUUCCACGUUGCCUCGUAUGGCAUGUCUGGUAGAGAGCAGCUGAACAGACAGCUGAUCGAGGCGGUCAACGUUCAGGGAACAAAGCACGUCCUGAAAGCCUGUGUGGAGAAAGGAGUGCCGAGGCUGGUUUACACCAGCACUUUCAACGUGGUGUUCGGAGGCCAAGUGAUAGAGAACGGCGACGAAGGUCUGCCUUAUCUGCCGCUCCACCUUCAUCCUGACCACUACUCCAGAACCAAGUCCCUGGCUGAGAUGGCGGUGCUAAAGGCGAACGGAUCAGCUCUGGUCGGUAGCUCUGAGGUGCUGAGAACCUGUGCCCUGCGUCCUGCAGGUAUCUACGGGCCCGGUGAGCAGAGGCACCUGCCUAGGGUAGUCAGCUACAUAGAGAGGGGGAUCUUCAGGUUUGUUUACGGUAGUCCCAGCAGCUUGGUGGAGUUUGUCCACGUGGAUAACCUGGUUUCGGCCCACGUGCUCGCCGCAGAAGCUCUGGGCUCAGAGAAGCAGCACCGCUCAGCUGGCCAGGCUUACUUCAUUUCCGACGGCCGGCCCGUCAACAACUUUGAAUUCUUCAGGCCUCUGGUUGAAGGCUUGGGCUACCCGUUCCCCAAGCUGCGGCUCCCCAUCUCCCUCGUCUACCUGCUCGCCUUCCUCACCGAGAUGAUUCACCACCUCGUCGGCCCGUUCUACAACUUCCAGCCCCUGCUGACGCGCACCGAGGUGUACAAGACGGGCGUGACGCACUACUUCAGCACGGCCAAGGCCAGAGCGCACCUCGGAUACGAGCCGCUGAAGCGCGACCUGGACGAGGUGGUGCAGUGGUUCAAAAGCAGAGGCCACGGGAAGAGGCGUCACAGCUCCUUCCUCAGCAGAUUUAUACUCAACGUCCUGUUUGCUUCCGCUUUUGUUGCCGUCGUUCUGUCUUUUCUGCCGGUUGCUGGCGGCUGGUGAAAAAACGACGUCACGCAUCAAUCAAUCAUCUUUAUUCAUUGACUCAGUCAGCUGCAACACAAAGUGCUUCACGUCCUUAACAAAAAUUCGUACAUAGAUAGUUUGCUUUUUUUUAAAAUCUUAAUUGAUCUAAAACAUUCUUCUUACAGAAAGCAACCAAGUGUCUCCACUAAAGCUAAAAAA